UUACUUGAACUCGUGGCUGACUGUCAUUCCUAAAAUAUCCAUCAUCUCCAUUUUUUGUGUCAAAGCGAUUACAAACAGCAGAUAACAUACUGGUUGAAUCCGGACGAAAACAGAGACAUGAGCGCUUCUGCUAUGCAUCAUCUCCAUAUUACAGCAGCUUUUCUGUUUGUUCUACUAGUCACAAUCUUUUUGUCCAUCCAAGCUCCGGUUUGUUUGGGCAGCGACUAUGAGAAAUUUGCAGGAUGCAACCAAACUUUUCAUUGUGGGAUCAUCGAAAAUAUCAGUUAUCCCUUUCGGCAGCGAGGUAGCCCAGAGUACUGUGGUCAGCCUGGAUUUGAGUUAUUUUGCGAGGACGGUAAACCCAUGAUUACAAUCAUGUCGCAAAGUUACCAAAUACUUGAGUUCAAUAUGUCUCUUAAAGCUCUCACUGUUGCUCGAACUGAUUAUUUGUAUAGUCUUUGUCCGAAGCACCUUGUCAACACCUCUUUGGGUCUUGGCCCUUUCCACUCUGCAUGGAAUAACAAGCAAAUAACACUUUAUUAUGGUUGUCGUUCCCCCGUGGCAAAUCAGUCUACGGAGCUUUCUGAUCGUCAGUUUCAUUGUACCAUAAAUGGAACUGAUGUGUUAGGCUACUUUGCGAUCCCGCCUGCCCUUGGCAACCUUUCAGCUACAGUGAGUGAUGCCUUGGCAUCAUGUCGUAGCAGUGUUAUUGUUCCAGCAUUUGCUUCUGUAGUUCAGUACUUGGAGUACAAUUCAAAUUCAACAAAUCUGAAUGUUGCCCUUGCUAAUGGCUUUGGACUAGAGUGGACGAUUGCAAAUGAUUCCCCAGGGUCAUCAGAUGGCAUCAAUUUAAAGCUUAAAUUAAUCAUAGGUUUGGCAGUGGCUGCAGCUACUAUUAUUGUAGCUGGUGUUGUGGUGGUUACCUUCAGGCUUAAGAAUAUAUCAUUGUCAAGGGGAAUGUUCAUGAACUUCAAUCAAGGCAAAAGGAAUGACAGGGAAAGGAUUGAGGCAUUCAUUUUGCAGUAUGGUUCUGAACUUACUCCAAAACGAUAUUCUUAUGCAGACAUCAUGAAAAUAACCAAGUCAUUCAAAGACGAACUGGGUGAAGGGGGAUUUGGCGCAGUAUAUAAAGGUAAAUUACCCGAUGGCCGUCUUGUUGCAGUGAAAGUCCUAAGGGAAUCCAAGGGGGAUGGAGAGGAAUUCAUUAAUGAAGUGGCCAGCAUUAGUAGAACUUCCCAUGUCAAUAUAGUGCCAUUUCUGGGUUUUUGUUAUGAGGGCUCAAUGAGAGCUCUAAUCUAUGAAUUCAUGCCCAAUGGGUCUUUAGAUAAGUUCAUUUGCCAUCAAGGAUUGCCACGCGAAAUCCAUCACCUAGAGCUGAAAACAUUGUAUGAAAUUGCAAUUGGCAUUGCUAGAGGGCUGGAAUACUUACACGGAGGUUGCAACACAAGGAUUUUACACUUUGACAUAAAACCUCACAACAUUCUACUGGAUGAAAACUUUUGUCCAAAAAUUUCUGAUUUUGGUCUUGCUAAAUUAUGUGAGCUGAAGCAGAGUAUGCUUUCCAUGAUCAGUGCUAGAGGAACUAUCGGAUAUAUUGCUCCAGAGUUUUUAUGCCGAAGCUUUGGAAGGGUUUCCCACAAGUCUGAUGUUUAUAGCUAUGGGAUGAUGGUCCUUGAAAUGUUUGGCGAAAAGAAAGAUGUUCAUAUUGAAGGGUCUGAGACUAGUGAAAUGAACUUUCCUUUACAGAUUUACGAGCACCUUGAACAGGGAGCAGAUUUGAAUCUUAAAGGGAUCACAGUUGACGAUGAAGAAAUAACAAGAAAGAUGAUUAUAGUGAGCUUGUGGUGCAUUCAAACUAAUCCAUCUGAUCGACCAUCAAUGACUAAGGUCCUAGAGAUGUUACAAGGAAGCAUCCAAUCUUUAGGAAAGCCACCGAGACCUUUGCUGUAUUCUCCUGCAAGAUCUCCCCAGAACUCAUCCACAAAAACUUUAUUUUCACAAACUUUUGUCAUGGACAACAGUCAAUCAGAGUUCUUCUAGUGUAAGAAAUAAAUGAAUUCAUCGCAGCUAUUGAACUUCUCAAACCAUAUUCAGUCGUAAGUUCAUAGUUA